AUGUUGGGAGCGGAAAGUUUGGUUCCUGGCGUACUUUACUCCAACUCGAUCCUCGUUGAGGCUACUCAUAAAAUGUCAGAGGCCACGUUUUGUGAUGUGCUUAUUCUGGGUGCUGGUAUUUCUGGACUUGCUGCAGCCAAACUACUAACUAAUGAAGGACUUAAAACUAUUGUUUUAGAAGCGCGAUCAAGAAGUGGUGGCCGGAUUCAUACAGUUGAUCUUCCUUCUGUUACUGACAAAUCACAUGAUAAGUCUGUCGUCGACCUGGGGGCUAGCUACCUUCAUGGAUGCAACAAUUCGCAGGAUGUCCAACCUUUGUUUACGCUGGCUAGUCGUUUAAAAAUCGCUACUUCUCCUGCCGCUGGGGAUGUUUUAGGUACGCAUCGGGGUUGGGAAUGUCCAGAGGUAGCUGUUUGGCGAGAUAAUAAAUCGGGGAAGGAAAUUGGCUUGGAAGAAGUGGCGGACAUGAGUUUUCUACUUGACAGAUGCUUACUGUACAUUCUUAUGGCAGCGAAUCAGAAGAAACAAGAGAAUCGAUCAAAUAAAACUUUAGCUACUGCUUUACCAAGUGCUCUAGAAUCAUGUCUUCAUUUACUAUACAAGGCAGGCUACCGAACUUCUCCAACUCUUUCUCGAAGAGAAAAGGGCAUUUUUGAUUCCCUUUUUGCUCGAUACAUAGCGUAUGUAAAUCCGGCUCAUAGACUCUCUCCUAAACUUUCUUUGGGACCUCAUUUCGAAGCUGAUGCUAUGGCAGGUUUAGCUCUGAAUGUUGACCAACCGAGCUCUGUGUCCAAAAGAAUCUAUUUGGAUUGGUUGCAAGAAAAAAGAACCCAUUUAAGUUUGAAUGGCUCGUGUAAGAGCAUUGCUCGUCGAACCGAUCACAAAUGGGAGGAUCGUUUAGUUUUAGAUGGGUUCUCAAAGUUUGUCGAAUUUCUAGCGUCUGGUGUAGACAUUCAUCACCGAUGUGUUGCACGACAUGUGUAUUGGUCAAAUCACACAGACUUUGGUAAAUCUAAUGAAGAAAUUAAUAUCCAAUUAAUUCAUGACAGUGCUGCCUCAUGGUCUACUAAAACUCUUAUGGAUUUUAUUGAGUCUUCUAAUCUAGUAUGUGUUGAUGUGGCACAGUACUCAGGGGAAUCGUCUACGUUGGUUUUCAACAGACAAUCUUCUAGGCGUUAUUUUGCACGCUUCUGCAUCAUAACAGUCCCUGUUGGUGUACUCAAAGGCCUUGAUCGUCGUAGUGCCAUCCAUUUUCAUCCGUGUUUGCCUUCAAGGAAAAGACUUGCAAUAGAUCGUCUUGGUAUUCCAAAGUUGGGAGCAGAAACUCAUAAUAAGGUUAUUUUAAUGUUUAACCCAUCAGAAAUUUUUUGGGAUCGUGACACGCCUCAUAUUACGUGUCCCGGCGCUUACCUUCAUAUACUUAAUUGUGACUUUUAUGGAAAUCCUGGUGUUCUGGUUGCUCACGUAUGGGGUGGUUCAAAGCUCAGGAUCACUGGUCGAUCUGAUCAAGCUGUCGUCAAAACUUUACUAGAUUUAUUAGGUGGUAUGUACCCUUCUCAGUGUCCAUUGCCUGAACCUAUAUACACUCACGUUACUCGAUGGUCAGAAGACCCGUUUAGUUUGGGUGCUUAUACUGCUGGUGAGGUUGGCUGUAGUGACGCUGAUCGACAAGCUUAUGCAAGUAGCCUGCCUUCCACAGUUUGUCCGAAGUUGCUUUUUGCAGGUGAAGGUACCGUUGACAGUUCUGGUGGUCAACAAUGUACUCAUGGUGCUUUCUCAUCAGGCGUUGAUCGUGCUUUAGAUGUUUUAGAUUAUAUUCAAGGUAGCCGUUGCCGUUUGCGUGAUGUGCGCAUCAUUGAUUAUCUCACUGGACAUCGUUAUGACCUAUUCCCUCCUCAUGAGAUGGUACGAAGAACAAAAAAGCGGAAAAUAGCAAACUUGACUGUAGACUGUAAAAAACCUAGUGUUAAUUCGUCUGGUAAACAAGAGUCAUCGUUGGCUAAAUGUAUUCAAUCUAGUCAGGAACUGGUAAGCACAGAAUCAUCAGAUAGCCAGUGUUCUGAAGGUGAUUCAAGUCCAUCUAUUUUGGAUUUUGAAUCUAUUGAAUCCUGUAUAUUGUUUCCUAAGCCAACACGGCGUUCAACUCGCCUUACUACAUGGAUUUCCUCUCAAGCAUCUUCGUCUCUUCGAAGAGAGUCCAUUUUAAUGUACCACAAAAAAAGACACUCCGGUAGUUUUAAUGCUCUAAAUAACUGCAGUAAGCGUUGUAGUCAAGUUAUGUCAACUGAUAGUCGUGCUAUUUCAAAAAUUAUUGAUGGAAAGCAUCCAUUUUCUUGCUUCACAGGAGACCACAAUUCUAAUCUGCUCUCGAAAUCUGUAUCGGAUUCACUACCGUCAUCUGUUAGUCCAACUCUACUCACAAAGACUUGUCUUUCAAGUAUACAUACUUCAUCCCCCCUUUCUGAUACGGCUGGCUGUAUACUAAUAGAUUGUAAUGAAAAUUUGAAAAACUUUUCUCUUCCUAUAAACUCUGUAUCCCAAUCUACCGAAAGCGAUUUAGAACCUGAUAUAAAAGGUUUGCUAUUUUCAGAUGGUUUAUUAAACAAUAAUAACAAUUGUAACUUAGAUUCUACACUGCAUUCAAAUAUGUCUCUUAAUAACCGUUCCAACGAAAAAAUCAUCGAUCAUAUCAAGCCAACUAACUAUGAACCUGUUUUUGGUGCUCUUCCAUUCACAGGAGCUUGCAAUAACUCAGGACUUCAAACUAAAUCUUUCUCUUUUAAAGAGGCUUUAAUUAUUAAAGAUGUACCAGUUUCCAUGUAA